AUGUCGCUUUCCAAAGUAAAACACAUCGUGCUGGUCUUGUCGGGCAAAGGUGGCGUCGGAAAGUCUUCAGUGACGACGCAACUGGCUUUGUCUCUCGCCCUCGCAGGACAUUCUGUCGGCGUCCUUGAUGUCGACCUUACUGGACCUUCAAUCCCUCGCAUGCUCUCGAUUGAAGCCGAGAAGGUGAAGCAGGCCCCUGGAGGUUGGCUCCCCGUGCCGGUCCAUGACGCCAUCGAAGAAAAGAGGAUUGGCUCAUUCCAUGCGAUGAGUCUCGGGUUCCUCCUGCCCAGACGUGGCGAUGCCGUCGUCUGGCGAGGGCCCAAAAAGACAGCUAUGGUUAGGCAGUUCCUUUCUGAUGUCUUGUGGGAUGAGACCGACUACCUACUCAUCGACACGCCUCCAGGCACCAGCGACGAGCAUAUUUCCCUUGCCGAGACCCUGUUGCGAGAUGCUCGGCCCGGACAGGUGGCGGGUGCUGUUGUAGUCACGACGCCUCAGGCGGUGGCUACGGCGGAUGUCAAAAAGGAGCUCAACUUUUGCGUCAAGACCGGUCUCAAGGUGCUCGGUGUGGUUGAGAAUAUGAGCGGCUUCGUUUGCCCGCACUGCUCCGAGUGUACCAACAUUUUCAGUUCCGGCGGAGGAGCUGUCAUGGCCCAGCAGUUUUCCGUGCCAUUCCUCGGCACUGUUCCCAUCGACCCCCAAUUUGGCGAACUGGUCGAGUCUGGCAGGAGGCCGCAAUAUCCUCAAGGAACGCACAUACACGGCCAGGAUAUUGGCCAUGCCAGCGAAAAGGAGGGCGAGAAGAAGGGCGAUACUCUUGUCGAGAAAUAUCAGGACUGCUCGCUGUCCCACAUCUUCAGCGAAAUCACAUCAAAGCUGAUCACUACGAUUGAGGCACAAGCCCACUCAUGA